AUGACAUCUCCGAGUUCCAUCACCAAUUUCUCCGCACACCUCCGCCUUACCGAACAUUUCACCCCCAGAGAGGCCGAAGAAGAUUGCUCCUUUCUGGAGCUCUUUACAACCACCAUGGUCGUCUACACUCUCAUAAUCAUAAACAAAGCGGGCGGUCUAAUAUACCACCGUGAGUUCCAAUCAGGACUACUGAAACUGUCAACGAAUGAUUAUCUGGUGCUGGCGGGGACGUUUCAUGGAAUCCACGCCAUAACCCGCUCUCUCACCCCGCGCCUCCCCACAAACUCCACCACCCUCACCUCAACCCCAACCACCACAACCCCUUCAAACACCCUCGCAGCCUUCACCUCUUCCACCAUCAUGACCUCCCAAAUCUCCCACACCUCCACCACCACCACAGCCGCCACCGGCGGCACCGGCGGCACCUCCUCCUCCACGACAACUCCCACAGCCACGCCCAACACUACAAUCCCCAACCCCACCCUCCCAACCACCGGCAUCGAAGUGCUGGAGACCGAGAAGUUCCGCCUAACAUGUUUCCAGACGGUGACGGGGACGAAAUUCCUGCUCUUCACGGAUCCGCUGAUGGCGAGUGUGGAUAUGAUUAUGAGGAAGAUUUAUGAGUUGUAUGCGGAUUAUGUGAUGAAGAAUCCUUUUUAUCAAUUGGAGAUGCCUGUAAGGUGUGAGGCGUUUGAUAGGCAUGUUACGGGGUGGGUUAAGGGGAGGGGGUAG